UGCCCGAGCCAAUAACACCCGAAAAAGACGAACCGCGGUGUACAAGAAGAAUUUCGGGAAUGUCUGAGGAAAGAUACACCACACUCGGUGGUUUUGUCCAAGUUCCACACGUUUUCGCGUAAGCUCCAUAGAGAAAAUAGUAAUUUUAGUGACAGUUUCAUUCGUAAAGUGCACGUUUUGCUGGUGAAACAGUUUGGUUUUCACUCAAAACACAGUUUAAAAGUUUUAGAAAUCACUGCCCCACACGAAGGGAACACGUCUUGGACCGUGGUGAACGGAAGAAGAAGUACGGUAGUGUCUUUGGGGAAGCUUUCGGUAAUUAGCAUUGUCUUGUCAUCGAGCAUUUCCGGCCGGCACAAGCCCGUGGGUGUGGGUUGCAGCAUGAUGAUGGUGCAUUGAACGUCUGCUUUGCCACCUGCCACGAGAGAUCCACUCCCACAACUUGGUUCGGUGUGAUUGGUGUGACGACGAAGGCGCACUCGUGCGUGAAAGUGGGUCAACGCUCCCAGACUUGGUGCCAGCGACAGUCUCAGCAGUGUGUGGACGAAUUUGCCGUAGGCUCCGGUUCGAAAGCAGUUGCUGACUGGGCACUAGCGCGAGAAGAUGUCGGUUGAUUUGCAGAAGCACCGGGACGUUUUGGUUGGCGCGUGGAAAUCCGUAUGCGACCGGAAAUGUGCCACCAACUGGGCACUAUUUGGGUACGAGGGUCAGACGAAUGUGCUAAAGCUGCAGGAAACCGGUGAGGAUGGAAUUUCGGAAUUGGCUGCCGAACUCAACUCGGGCAAAAUUCAGUACGCCUUCCUGAGAGUGGACAACAGUGAAACGGGCAUCGCCAAGUUCGUUUUCGUUAACUGGCAGGGCGAAGGUGCUCCAAUCGCCCGGAAGGGAACGUGUGCGAAACAUGUGCGCGAUGUUACGGCCCUGCUACACGGUGCUCAUAUUACGGUGCACGCGACAAACGAGGACGAUGUCGAGGAAGCGCGCAUACUGGAAAAGCUACAGAAGGUGGUGGUGAACGAUUUCAAAGUAAAAGAUUACUCACAAGCGAUCGAUUCACCCAAACCGGUCGGUACGAAUUACAGUCGCGUUAAUCCUACGAAGGAGAUCAAUCCGGCGGAGCGGGAUGAGUUUUGGCGCAAAGAAGAAGAGGAGGAAAAACAUCGGCUGCAGGCGGAGUACGAGCGUAAGCUAAAUGAAACAGUAUUGUUGGAGCAAGAGCGACGUCGACGUGAGGAGCGCGAGUUUGAAAAGCGUGAAAGCGCCACGGGCGGUGUAAUUGGCGUGUCGCCUGUUUCUCCCGACCGUAGCUACGCUCGGCAAGUAUCCGACCAGAACAAAGCAGAACGGGAGCGAGAAAUCAAGCAGGUGGUCGAAGCGAGCGGAAAGGUUAGCAGUGCAAAGGCUCGCUUCCUUAACAGUACUGCGCAGCUAAGCCCAACGCACAUCCAAGCCGAGGUAGCGCAGGAACUAACGGACCCUCCAUUCUCACCGACGGCAUCCUUCGAAGAGCGCAGUAUUAUCAACGAGCUAAAGGCGGAGCUAGAGAGCGAGCUCCAGAACGGUGCUGAAACGCCACCGGGACUAACAGCGGCAGGCACGGCGCUGGCAGCGGAGGAAGAAAGUUCGGUAGUGUCACCGGAGGUGCCCGAAGCGGCCGCUGGCCAGUAUUUCGACCCGAACGCAACGAUCGAUCUGUCCGACGAGGACAACAUGAUCCGGGCGAGGGCAUUGUACGAUUAUCAGGCAGCGGACGAUUCGGAGAUCAGCUUCGAUCCGGACGAUAUCAUCACGCACAUCGAUCAGAUCGAUGAGGGCUGGUGGCAGGGGCUGGCACCGGACGGUACCUAUGGGCUAUUUCCCGCUAACUACGUGGAGCUCAUUUAAAGCAUUUAGACAGUUUAGCAAUUUAGCUUCAUCGUUAUCAUUGUUUAAGAAAGCAACAGACAAGCAAAAAAACAUCACAUGAUUAAGAUAGUCCUGUUAACAUAGUGCGAAACGAUCACGAUUAGCCUAGUGACACACUCACACACGUAACAAACGAAACGCACACUAACAAGCCCGAUCCAGAAGGGGCUGCAUAGGGACACGCCAACAGGGUGAAGGAUUCCAUCAGCAAAAUGUCGUUACAGAAUCGUGUUUUUGAAUGUACUAUUUUCAUCCCCCUCGACACGUUUUUGGAUGUUUCCGGUUAACCAGUGACGAUAGGCGUUCGAGCGGACGUAGCAAAAUGCAUUUCGAGUCGAUUUGAAAUCGGGGAAGCUAAAGAUGUAAUUACAAUGCAUUUGCAAAGCUUCGCACAUUCGCACUCCCCGUUUCGGUCCAUGCCAACGUAUCGGUUCCCAUCUAGUGUAAUAGUAGAUAAGCGUUUUAACUAUUUAAUUGUACACACACACACACACACACCCAAACACACCGAAAUAUAACGAUGCCGGGAAUGAAAUUUCCCGGGAGAAGACUAAA